GAUUUUUAUGCUUACUCUAAUAUGAUAAAAAUAACAUGUUAUAUCAACAGAAAGUUAUGAAAAUAUUUUAUUAUUGUCGUUAGAAAAAUAACCAAAUUUUAAAGAAGAAAAGGCUAGGAUGGAAGAGUUCUUUCAAGUUUCUUGGUUUUGUGAUGAUGAAAAUGAAACUAAUAAUAAUUUUGUGGUGAACCAAAGUGCUUUUGUGAGUUUUGGGAGCAAAUCAAAUGAAGGAUUUGGAGUUUGUAGCUAUGGAAAUGUAUCGAUGAAUCAUCGAAACAUGAACAAGAGGAUGAUUGAGUUCUUGAAGAAGAAUUGGAGUCCCAAAAAUGGACAAGUGAAGAUAGAAAAAGAGAAAGUUCAUAAACAUAUGAUUAAAGAGAGGAUUAGAAGAGAAAAACAAAAGCAAAGUUAUUUGAACUUGUACAAAUUGCUUCCUAUGGGUACCAAGAAUGAGAAAAAUGCUAUAGUCCAAACAGCAACAAGGAGGAUUGAAGAGCUACAAAAACACAAGGAAAAUUUAGAAAAGAGAAAUGAUGAAAUUCAAUUGAUUUUAGCACAAAGUGAUAAAAAAGAGGAGGAAUUUGAGAAGGCUAAAAUCAAAGCAAAAGUUGGUAAUCCAAUUUGUGGUGUAGAUUCAAUGCUAGAGGUUCUCAAGUGUUUGAGGAAUUGUGGAACCAAAGCAAAUUCCAUUCAAUCAAGUUUCUCUCACCAAGAAUUUUCAACAUUGAUUGAAAUAGAAACUAAGAGUGGAGCAGCAGAGAUAGAAAAAGCAGUACAAAAUACUCUAUUUGAAGUUGAAAGGAACUUUCGUGCCCAUUGAUAAUUUUAGGCCACACAAAAAUUAUGCAACUUGUACUCAUCAACAAAUUUUAAUUUGGUGUCUCUAUUUGACCAAUUUAUCUACAAAAUGAACUUUCCCCUAUUUUU